CCCUGGAUAACACUGAAAAAAGAAAAAGAGAGUCAUUUUCAUUCAGAUUUUUGAUUUGCGUAUGCAGGCAUAAAAUGCUAAAAUAUUGGAAGGACCUUAACCCGAGCUAAUUAGGGCAGCCUAACUAGAAAAUAAAUACAGCUCUAAGUUCAUCACAGUAUUGAACUAUGAAACUCCAAUCAACUUCUGAAUAUGAUGGAAAAGUGAAUGAUUUAAAAUGAUCUCAUUAUUUGGGUUAGACUAAAUUUAUCUCAAGAGACAAGCUGGUAAUCUGACUCUGUUCAGUACUAGGGGAGGUAUUAGCCCUCUGCCUUAGACUCCAAGGUGAAUCAGUGAUCCCUGAAAAAUCGGUUGUGAUCAGUCUGGUCAGCCCAAGACCAACAGCAACAUGAGCUCUGUCCAGUUCUGCUGGUUGUUUGGCCUUUUCCUUCUACUCAGCUGUGUUCAUACCCAGGCACUGCACUGUUACACAUGUAUGGGGUCAACAGAUGAGGACUGCAAUCUCCAGGGAUCCAAAGUAUGCCCAAGUUACUCAGAUGCAUGUGCUAUUAUCAAAGGAGAUGGCGGCGGUGUGCUGAAGUCAUGUUCCUACAAAUCCUUCUGCAGUCAAGCUAACAGCCAAGGUGACAGUGUUGCAGGGGUGAAGGUUCACUGCUGCUACUCAGACGACUGUAACGUAAUGGGACAUGGCACCCGGCUCAGCAGAGGGUUUAGCUAUCUCUUGGUCCUUCUGCCACUGUUUUGGCAUCUUUUGUCAAGCUAGAAUUGUCAGCAUGAGCUUAAAAUGUUUCAUACAGGGGAAGUCACAUUAUGAGCUAAGUAGCCUUUAAGUGUAAUAAUAUCUCUGGUCAUGUAAAUUAAA